AUGGCCAGACUCCCCGUUUCUGAAAUACCAACGCUCUCCCUGCUUUACAAAAUCGGCAAGCUGACCCCACCUACAACAUCGGGGGAAGGUGCAAGCUCCAAGUACAACGAUAAAAUCUCACUCAUACGAACGGACAUCACAAAGCUUGCGACUGAUACCAUAGUGAAUGCCGCGAACGAGUCGCUUCUCGGUGGCGGCGGCGUCGACGGUGCAAUUCACUCCGCUGCCGGCCCAGACCUCCUCGAAGAAUGCCGCACUUUGGAUGGCUGUAAAACUGGCGGUGCCAAGAUUACGAACGCUUAUCGGCUGCCGUGUAAGAAGGUCAUUCAUGCCGUGGGCCCGGUCUACGGCACAACGAAGCGUCAAGGCAAGCACACGCAGCUGUUGUCAAGCUGCUACACCAGAAGCCUGGAUCUUGCUGUCCAGAACGAGUGCAAAAGUAUCGCCUUUUCGGCACUAAGUACCGGCGUCUACGGCUAUCCCAGCGAAGAAGCGUGCGUUACAGCUAUCGCUGCGGUCAAACACUGGCUUGACAGUGACGAGCAGAAGGCGGAGAAGUUGGAUCGUAUCGUGUUCUGCUCGUUUCUGGAGAGGGAUGAGAAGGCUUACGAGAAGCAUAUACCACGCUUCUUCCCUCCCGCAGAUGCUGGCCGAGCGACUGCGACAAAGGCUGACGAGCAGGAAGGGACGAAUGAAGAGAGUCCCGAGCUGCCGAAACUGCCUGACGUACCGAAGAGUGAGCCGCUGGAGCAUGGGCAGCCUGAACCCAAGAAACCAAAGGUUUGA